GCCCGGUGGAGGGCGCGGGGCCAAGGGGCCAGGGCUGAGCCGUAGCCGCCGAGGUCGGGAGGAGCAAGCUGUGGGCCAUGCUUUCCCGGGAGCCAGAGGCAAGAGCCCAGGUGUGGCAGCGACUCCAGGACCAGGAAGGCUGGCCGGACGGCUGCUCAGAGGCCCCCAUGCCCGGCCCUGGUCCCAGGCGCGCCCCCCGCCGCAUCCGCCGCCCCGAGACCUACGAGGCCAAGUGUGAGCGGCGGCAGGAGGCCCGGGAGAGCCGGCGCUGGCGCCCCAACGUGACCACCUGCCGCCCAGCAGGGAAGGUGGCACGCGAUCGGCUCCGGGAGCGGCUGCAGGGUGCGAGGCAGCGCCAGCUCCUCCUCCGGAGGCGUCUGGGUGGGCCUGAGGUGGCCGGCAGUGAGUCCCUGCUGAGGAAGCAGUUGCCGGGAGCCAGCCCUGAAUUCUGCCACCCACCCCAGCACCCACCUCCCUCAGGUGGCCCAGGAGACCUGGCUGGGCCCCGGCCCCACAAGCUGCACUGCGGCACCCAGACACUGGCGGAAGGAGCCAAGCCCCCUGGCAGGAGGGACACAAGCCAGCAGACCAACUGUGGCGUGGCGGUGCUGGAUCAGAGCAGCCUGCCUCACCCUGACCUCUCUCGCCAGGAAAUCGUGCAGCUCUCCGAGUACCUCAAGGAGGCGCUGCAGAGGGAACUGGUACUGAAGCAGAAGAUGGUCCUGCUCCAGGACCUGCUGGCCACGCUGACCCAGACCUCCCACGACUCCUGGACAGGGCAGCUGAAUGAAGACAAGCUGAGGAGCCGACUACACACCCUGGAGAGCCAGCUCCACACCUGCACGCAGAAAGCCACCCCACGGGGCCUGCGGAAGGCCCUGCUGGAGAUGGAGCAGCGGCAGAGCAGCUACGAGCUGCAGGCCAAGGAGCUGCUGUGGAAGGUCCUGGAGGAGAAGAGGGCGGCCGAGCAGCAGCUGCGGGGCACACAGCGGUCCCUGGCGCUGGCUGAGCAGCAGUGUGCGGAGUGGAGGACCCGCUGCCAAGCCCUCCAGGCAGGAGGGAGCAGCCCACAGGGCCAACGCAGCAGCUGCAGGCCACAGGGGACGGUGCAGAGCCCAGGCCUGGAGGCGGCAGCAGGCUCGCAGAGGGACAGCGGCCCACACGGCCCCGUGACCACACCCUGCCCAGGCCCACAGCUGUAUCCGGAGUCCCUGCUCAAAACUUCGGGCACCAGCCUGAGUCCCAGGGUGCCCCAGUCUGACUUGGGGGGCAGAGCCCACCGCAUCACCCUGCUCGUGAGGCCCUGUGCAGACAACCUGCAGGCAGAGUUGAGGCAGCCCCAUUUCCAGCAGGUCUGCUGCAAGAUGCCAUCCCACCCGCCCCAGCACCAGACGGUGCCCGCCUGCCCCCCAAACUCUGACACCAGAGUCUGGUGUCACCACCCGAUGCACCCAGGCCUGGUGCCGCUGGUCAAACAGGAGCAGAAAGGGGGAGUCUAG